AUGCCUCCUCCUCCGCCGGUGACGCCUUCACCACAUCGAUUCGUGAUCAAGAAAGAACGUCCACCGGUUCGCAGUACCCCACUGGCGCAAGAACACACCCCGCGUCCAAGCACUCAAUUUAAUUCAACACCACGUUUUACAUUCUCCUCUACUCCUCGACCUACAGCGUCACAAACCCUUCCUCCGCCGCGAUUCACGCCAUCCACGGCGCGGUUUGUGACGCCUGCGAGCAGGAAGUUGAAGAAUCACGAUGCCAUUGAGCUCUCGUCCGAUGACGGACUGCAAGAAGUCCACGAUUCCAUUGAGACGGAGGAGCAGGAGAUAGACUAUGAGGGGUACCAGUCUGGGGAACUAGAAGAUGAUUAUAAACUCGAAGAACCUAGCCCUAAACGUCGGCGUUUUUCUACGUCUUCGCAGACGUGGGAGGAGGAACAAUAUGAGGAUCAAGAAGAGAUGCUGUUGGACGAGAACGAUAAUACUGAGGACACCUCCUCUUCUCUUCCCAUUUUAUCUUCACCACCAGCUCCGCGCCGACCAAUCUCCACUACAGCUCCACGCUUCCUCCUCUCAACUCCAGCACCACAAUCCACACACCACGACUCUCACUCUUUAUCCACACAAAAUCCACUACCCACACCAUUCCUCAAACCUCCUCGUUUUCGUCCACCAGACCCCUCCUCAGCCGCGCAAGCCCAAUCCGAUCCUCUACCCGACCAAUUCUCUCCACACAGAAAAGGCCAGAAAUAUAUCCCCGGCGGCCUAGCUGCCGAAGUUAGAGACUGGCUUAUGAAUCUGGAAGGAGCAAUUCCAGACAUGAGAGGGAAGAGAAGGGACGAGGAGUGGCUCGUAAAGAUUAUGGUUGAUGAGGUUAGCGGGGGGUCAAAGGAGGGCAUGACGAUGGUUAGAGGACGGCAGAUUCAUACCGUUGAUGUUGAUGUCUAUGGAGAGGUUGGAGAGAUGGUGGAUACGGUGGGAGAGGUAAAGGUUAUACUUGCUGGAGAAGGAGCAGGGACGGGUCUUCAGAAGGGAAGCGCCGUUGAGGUCGGAAAGAUGGUGGGGAUUAAGGGCCCCGUCUGGGAGAUAGUCGUUGAGGGAGUGAAAUGGGGCGUUGGCGUUGAUUGGAAGGUUUUGAGAUGA